GUUUUGUUUGCAAUUUCUACGUGCAGAAAGCAAAAUCCAUUUAUCGUGGUUAAUUGCUUUGAAAUCUCGCAGGAGACAUGAAAGCUGCUGCGCAGAGUAAUAGUACGAAAAAUUAUGUGUUCUUACCGUUUUCCAAACGUGUAGACAAUUUAAAAAUUGAUGUUGCCCAUAAAGUACGCCGGGCAGCUGAUAUAGAAGAUGAAAAUCUUGAGUCGUACUUUAUCUCUUGCUUAAAUAAGUGGGUAGAAUUGAAUCUUUCAACUCAUUUUACCAGUUUCUUGAGGGAGGUUUCUCCUUAUACGCAAUCACUUCCUCAAUUGAUUUUUCACCAAGAGACUAUUUUCUCCAUUCUCGAGAAAUAUGCUAGUGAAGGUAAUUCGCUUUCUUUACAACCAUUAUUGGAACUGAUCACUCAAUUUGCUCGUGAUUUAACGACCGAAUUUGCUGUGUAUGUGGACCGUACACUACUAUUGUUAUCCAAACUCGUGCGUUCUACUGAGCUAGAAGUUGUUGACUGGUCUUUUCACGCUGUUGCAUACCUUUUUAAGUACUUGAGGAAAAUUCUAGUUCCUCAAUUAAUUCACAUCUAUGAUAUCUUGUCUCCAUUAUUAGGUAAACAAAAAGAAAAGGCACAUGUCAUUCGGUUUACCUCGGAAGCUCUUUCUUUUUUGUGUCGCUUAUGCAAAGAAGACAUUGCUUAUCCAUUUGUUCAUCAUGUCUUGGAUGAUUUGAACGGAAAUUUCUCAUCUCAAUAUUUGGAGGGUAUUGUUAUUCUUUUUUCUCGCAUUAUCGAAGGCGUUGGUUCUAGUAUUCAUUCAAAAGGUAUUACUUUCUUAAAGAUCCUUAUGAAUCCUCCUGUUUAUGCAUUACCAAAGGCCACGUCUGUGUGUAUCCCCGUUUUGAUUUCCAUCAUUCAUCAUUCUACUAUAGAGUCUUUUGUAGACGUUCAGGAUGUACUUAUCCAAAAGAUUACGGAGAAUCCUUCUCUUUAUAUCAAAUCAUUUAUAGUCGUCGUUGCUACCCGGAAGGGUGCCAAGCUUUCAAACUUCUCGGCUUUCCUUGAAGUCUAUAGAAAACUUAUAGAGACUAUUUCUUGGGAAUCUGCGGAAUAUUCCUAUUUAACUUUAGUAUAUCAGUUAGGAGCGUAUUUAUUUACGUAUCCCGACGUUUCUGCCGUUAUUCCUCACAGUACACAUAUCAUAGGCGUCCUACAGCAAGGCCCUCCCUCAUUGUUUUUAUCAUUUGCUAACUUUAUACAAAAAUUGAAUCAUCAGAGAUAUGUUUCCUUUGUUAGGCCUGCGUUGUCUAAAUAUGUAUCUUCGCAUCCUAAUCUUGAAAUGGUUCAUAUGGCUGUUAUGGAAAUGGUUUUUGAUAAAGAAGUAUCUUUAACACCCAACAUAGUGAACGCGGUUUCUAAGAGUUUAUCGAAAGUAUCUUUUUUAACACAAACUGGAGACCUUUUGACUGAAAAUGAAUUAGCUUCUGUAUGGUCUCAAUUAAUAUUAAUAUCCUGUUCCAGUAUGGAUGAAGAUCAAGUGUAUGAUUGCUGUUUGCGACUUUUAGGAAAAACAAAAGGUUUAUCUACGCCUUCAUUGCUUUAUGGAAAUUUGGUGGGCUUAAUUUUAGCUAUCGUCAACGAAAAGUCGAGUAAAAGUUUGAAGAAUGAUACAUCACGUUCACAAAAGGUAAUGGAUUUGGUGUUGCCUAAGUUUGAGCUGUAUUCCUCAAGCAAAUAUUUCUUGGAAAAUUUAAUACCGUUCGCAUCAAUGAAAAUUGAUUCCAUUGGAAAAUUUAUGGAUCCCAUAAUAAAUUCCUUGCUAAAAAAUUUGAUAAACGGAGCUGCUGGUCUUAGAGGCGUAUCAAUAAAUUUAGUUAUCACUAUUAUUGAAAGCGUCAAGGGACAGUGUUCUGCUCCUUUACUACAUGUCAGGGACUUAAUACAAAUGCCACUUAGCCCCGCAACAAGCCGAGAUGCAGUUGUACUUGCUCGCAACAUUGUCAGCAAAGUAACUCUUCUUUCAGCUCAGGAUAGAAAAAUUGCUUUAUAUUCUUUGAUUGGGUGUAUUUUAGUCAGGUUUACUCCUGUCUGGAAGGAUUUUGCGAAGGCAAUAACAAGCUUGGUUAACAAGGAACUAGAGGGAGAAUUUAUGACUAUAAUGUUUACUUGGCUAUCUUCUCCUAAUCCACCGGCAAAUUUGCUAAACGAAGAACAACAGUCAAUGCUUCGUUUUGAACCUUCUGAAGUUAAUUAUCUUUCCUCAUUGGACAGGUACGAGUUUACUUGCCCAUCUUUUGCAGCUUCCGAAGAGACAUUUAGCACUUGCAUGUUCAAUUUUGAGGAACCCAGGGUGCAGAGCAUAAAAAGUUUGUUAAAGCCUUUAGAAGACAAUUAUUCAAAUCUUCCUUCAUAUCGUUCACAGAGCUUGCGUAUUUUAAAUGAAUCCUCCGAUUUGGUUUAUAGCCAUAUUGGUCGAAUUGAUGAUUAUCUUUUUAGUCUUCAACAUGGAUUUGAACUAAACACGGAUUGGUCUCGUCAAGAUGUGUAUAUGCUGUUAGGUCUUUAUUCGCAUCUUCAAGGACAAGAACACACAAACAAUGCAAGUAAACGAAAGGAGUUUUUCCUCUGGGGUCUUAGUGUUAGCGACUCCAAGGUGCAAGCUUCUGCAUUAGAUGCAUUAUUUUGUUACAAAGACGAGAGUUUGAAUGUCUAUGAAGGAAACUUAAAGAACUUGCUUGAUGACAAAAAAUUUAGAGAUGAAUUAACUACCUUCCUUUUUGUUAAUCCAGAGGACAGUAUAAUUCAGGAGCCCCAUCGUUUAAAUCUUAUGCCUGUCGUUAUUGGAAUUUUAUAUGGUAAAAUGACCUCCGCAGCAUAUGGCGGUCAAAAAAAUCAAAAUGCUCGACGUUCUACUGUAUUAUCUACCUUGGGUAACAUGAGGAUUUCGGAUCUAGAAUUAUUGAUAGGUUUGAUGCUUAGGCCUUUUGAAAGUUUGCCUCGGGAUUUUGUUAAUGAAACAGAUCCUCUUGGUCUUGUUAAAUCGCUACCGAUAAUCUCUCAAAGACGUCAGAUUGGAUUCCUUUCGAUGGUUGAAGAGCUUCUUAAGCAAAUAUCUUCAAAGUUAAGUCCUGUGGCACCCUCAAUUGUCAAUGCUGUUCUGUACAGUCUGUUGUUCGCAGAUCAUAUACUUGUGUCUUCUAACGAUCCUGCCUCCCCUGAAGUUAAGCUCGCCCAUACUAUUCGCCAUAAUUCAUUAAAAGUGUAUUUAUCGUUUUUGACUUCCUGCCCUGAUGUCAAUUUUGGCCCUUAUAAUGUGUUCAUAUUUAAGUAUUUCGUUCAUCCAAAACUUUCGAAGUUUGCGACUGAGAAUACUCAAAGCGUUUCUACGUUAAUGCAAAUAUUCAAAGUAUGGUUUGAGAGUACUGCAUAUUUAUCCUCGGUUUUAGAAUUUGGCAGUUCCAUAGUGAAGGUGUUAUUAGAUGUAAUCUGUCAAUCUACCGUUAAGAUACCUGUUAUUCUUUUCGUGUUUGAGGUUCUUAAUAGUGUGAUUGUACAAGCUCAGACUGAAGACAUGGAUGAAAAGUAUAGACGGAAUGUUGCUUCAGUAGUGAUACUCCCUAACGUUAAGUUAAUAUUUGAAAAUCUGUCCGAAGUACUUGGGAAGCCGGUUUUUUCUGACAACAGUCGAGUAUUAGAUGGAUCAGUGGUGGUCCUUACCAAUAUUUCUGAAUUCAUAUCUAGCGAACUUGACUCGUCACACCUACUUGACUUACUCGUUCAAUUUUUGAAGAAGCCAAAGCGAUUGGUGCCUACUCCCGUGAAGGCAAAUAUACUGGAGCUGUUUGCUCGUUUUCUUCCCAACAAUAAACCAUGGGUGCAAGCUUCGAUAGCAGAGCCUACAAAUUUCGAAACGUUGAUGCAAAUGUAUGCUCAUAUUGACGAAUCUUCAUCUCGCAAAUCUUUGAAUGGCAUAUUAAGAGCCUUCAGCGAUGUCAAUAACGACCUUGCAUUUGGUUCGGUCUUUUCAGAAGAGGUUAAUUCGUUAUCUCAAAAGCGACUUGAUGAACCUGAUUUUGAACGUCGACUGUCAGCAUUUACUUCGUUAAACGAAAACCAUUAUGCUAAUAUCACCAACUUAACUUGGUUGCCCGUACUCUAUAACUGUUUUUUCUUCAUUAGAGAUGAAGAUGAAUUGUCUAUUAGGAGCAGUGCGUCACUUGGAAUUAAGCGCUUUAUUGACACUAUACCUUUGAAUGGGGAGUACGAUGCUUUUAAAGCCUCCAUAUUCCAAAAUUCUAUUCUUCCUUACAUAAAAACGAACAUGAAGCACAAAAAUGAAUUUAUUAGACAGGAAUUCUUAUCUUUGCUUAAUUAUUCAAUUGCCAAACUGCCUACUUUUGAAAGUAUUUCUGAUAUGCAUGCAUUGCUUUUUGAUGGAGAUGAAGAAGCCAACUUCUUUAACAAUAUUCUUCAUAUUCAACUACAUAGAAGACGACGUGCAAUGAGGAGAUUGGCCACCAUAUGCGAUACUGGUGUUAUCAAAAGUUCGAACAUUUCCCAUAUAAUCUUACCUCUAUUAGAGCAUUUUUGUUUUUCCUUGAAUAUUCCUCAAACGUUGAUUGACGAUACUGUACUAACCAUUGGCGAUAUCGCUAAGUGGUUGCAAUGGAACCAAUAUCAGGCAAUACUUAAGCGCUACAUUGGAUUGCUUAAGAAUGCUUCUAUGGACCAGAAAAUCGUUAUUCGGUUGAUAAAUGCAUUAGUAAGUGCCUUAAGGCCAUUGGAGGUUGCCGUCGCGUCUUAUAAUAAACCAGAUGAAGAGGAUAUGGAGGAAGACAAUGAUGCAUUGACAUACACGAAUGCUCUUACCAAUAGUUUACCAGAAAAGUCGAAGUUGACAGCUUGUUUCGAUCACCAAAUUCUUCCUCCGUUACUUCUUUAUCUUCAUAUAAGAGAGGAGUCGACGGUAAUGCUUCGUGUUUCAGUUGCUUUGUCAAUAGUACAGUUGAUCGCAAUGCUUUCAGAUGAACAGAUUGCAUUACGCUUACCAUCCGUACUCAUUGACAUUUGCCAUAUCCUUCGAAGUCGCGCCCAAGAGUCACGGGAUGCUACUCGAAAAACUCUUUCUUCUAUUGCAAAGGUUCUGGGCCCCAAGUAUUUCUCCUUUAUCCUUAAUCAAUUAAGACUUUCUUUGCAGAGAGGUUACCAAUUGCAUGUUCUUGGAUAUACCGUACAUUCACUGCUAGUCACAGUUGAGGAGGUAUAUCCCUAUGGUUCCCUUGACUAUUGUUUGGAUAGUCUUUCAACUAUAUUUGUGCACGAAAUAUUUGGUGAGGUAGGUUUAGAAAAAGACGCUGAAGAAUACAAGUCGAACGUCAAAGAGAUUAAAGGGAACAAGAGCUUUGAUUCAUACGAGAUUAUUGCUCGUAUGUCUAGCAUUGAAAGCCUUGGUAUCCUUUUACGUCCUGUGAGAAAUGUUCUAUCUGAAACAACAUACCCUAGAUCUUUAAGGAAAGUGGAUGAAUUGUCAAGAAGAUUGUCCAUGGGUGUUAUGGCUAAUAAACAAAGCGCGACGCAGAAGGCUUUAGUUUUUUGCUAUAAUGUUUUCGAUUAUGUGACCAAACAGAAUGCUAUCAUCUCUUCAAGUGAUAGCGCGGAAGGACAUCAGAGGAAGCCCGACCAUUUCGCAAAAAAUUCGAAGAAGCUCGUAAGGUUUGCGAUGGAUGCUCUUCGAGGGAUUAUUACCAGACAUAAGGAAUUACUUACCUCUCAAAAUAUGGCCGGAUUUGUACCCAUUAUUGGGGAUGCUUUAUUAAGUGACUCUGAAGAACUAAAUAUAUCCGCUUUGCGUAUCAUAGUUGUUUUACUCCCACUGAAAAUGUCUCAAAUUUUUUCAGGUAGUCCGGUUUUCAUUUCGCAGGCUAUUAAGUUGAUACAAAAUUCUCCAACUACGAACUCCGAUUUGUGUCAAGCUAGUUUAAAAUUUGUUGCUAGCAUUUUGCCUUACGAAGGUGUCGAGAUCAAGGAGUCUGCUUUAAGCUAUCUUUUGGAAAGGAUUAGCGGUGACAUAGAAGAGCCUGAUCGUCAAGGUGUUAUGUUUUCUUUAGUUAGAGCUAGCAUUGCUCGCAAAGCUAUGUCAGCAGAACUUUAUAAAUUAAUGGAUAAAAUCCGUGACAUGAUGGUUACAAACCAUACAAAAACAACCCGUCAAACUUGUCGUCAUUUGUAUUAUGGUUUUCUCUUGGAUUUCCCUCAAGGAAAAACUAGGUUCGCAAAGCAAAUGUCCUUUAUCUUAAAAAAUCUCGAAUAUGAAUUCGCGCCUGGCAGAGAAUCAAUAAUGGAAUUAUUGCAUGCUAUCCUAAAUAAUUUUAGUAACACUCUUCUGAAAGAGUAUCUUCAUGGAAUUUUUCUUGCUUUGGUAAUGGUUCUUAUCAAUGAUCCUGAGCCACAUUGUCGUGAGAUGUCUGCUGAAUUACUAAGAACGGUUUUCCAGAGAGUAGACGAAGAAAGCUAUACCUUGAUUAGACAACUUUUGUUUACCUGGAUUUCUAACAAGUCCAAUUCUGGCAAAAAUCUAAGCCGAGUUGGGAUGCAACUCUUUGGGUUAUUAUUUGAAAUUUACGGAUUCGAAAAAACUCAAGAAGUUGAAGUAUUCACUGGUGCAUUGAUUAAUGUUCUGCAAACGGCAAUUGACAAAGCUGAUGAUGCCCUAAAUGAGUGGGAAAUGCUUUAUUUUGGUCUUCAGUCAUGGCUAAAGCUUGUUAUUGCUAAUUCAGUAAAGGCUUGUAGUCAUGAUUAUGAGCAAAUUUGGACUCGUCUUCGGUAUGUUCUUCUUUUUAAGCAUUCUUGGGUCCGGCUUUCUGUUUCACGCCUUUACGGUUACUUCUUUGCGAUAGCUAGUAACACGAGCUUCAAUCAAGUGAAGUUGAGAGCAUCAGAAGUUGAAUUUGGAUUGGAAUUUGUUUUACAGAUUUCAAAUGCAAUGCAAGCUCAAUUACGCAGUUCUUCUCUAUCUGAGGAAUUGGGAACACAGGUUGUUAAAAAUUUGGUAUUCUUAACUCGCUGGUUUAAUAGCAUUCGGAAAGCAAACUCUGAACCUUUUUUGGAAAUUUUUGGACGCAUGUAUAAGAGUUUAAAGAAACAAAAGGUUGAGAGCUUGGAUUUAAGCAAGAAAUACAUGAUUCAAUGGUUUGUGAUUAUUAUUCGAAUCUUCUCAAGUGAAGAAUUACUGCCUGUUAUUAAGGAUAUUUUAAGUGCUUUAUAUAGAUAUACCGAGUUGAAUGAGGCGGAAAAAUCCGUACAACAAGAACUUGUAGAUACUGUGAUUGAGUCUCUUGAUGUCCUUCAGUCCAAGGUUGGAACGACUGAAUAUGUCAACGCGUAUCAAGAAGUUCGUCAAGCUAGUCUAGAUGUCAGACGCGAGCGACGUGAGAAACGAGCUAUUGAGCAUGUGGUUGAUCCUGCAACCGCUGCCAAGAAAAAGCUGCGUAAAAAUGAGAAGAAGCGCGAUGUUCGCAAAGAAAAAACGCAGCAUCAAAGGAUGUUGAAUGCUGUUUUUAAAAAAAGGUAAAAGGGACUACAUGGUAGAAUAUUAGGAUAAUGACUUAAUAAUACGGAUAUUGGUGAAUUCGGAUAUAUAUUAAUCUACACUAAUUAAGUUUAAGAUGGAAUCUAAUAGAGGUCAAAAGAGCAAGUAGAACAAAUAGUAGUAUGUAGUUUUCAUAUAGAGAUAAAUAAUGUAUGACUUGAUA